GCCGUCUCCUCCUGGAUAAGUGUCAAAUGCAUAACAAUAAGAAUAAUAAGAAUAAUAAGAUAAGAUUAACUGUUUCCCUUUGUGUUUCAAAGCCACACAAGCACAACUACGGAACUGGACUUUAGCUCCAUCCCCAUAAUUGAUAUCAGUCCCCUUUUAGCCAAGUCAGAUGAUCCAAAAAUGGCUGAUGACCCUGCUGUACUUGAUGUUGUUACACAGUUGGAUAAGGCUUGUACUGAGGCAGGCUUCUUUUAUGUGAAAGGCCAUGGUAUUCCUGAUAAUCUUCUCAAAGGAGUUAGAGAUAUAACUCGUAGAUUCUUCGAACUUCCAUAUGAAGAAAAAGCAAAGAUCAAAAUGACUCCGGCUACUGGCUACAGAGGAUACGAGAAGAUUGGAGAAAAUAUAACUCAAGGUGCACCUGAUAUGCAAGAAGCUAUUGAUUUUUACAGGGAAGUGAGUAAGGGUAUGUAUGGAGAUCUUGGCAAAGUUAUGGAAGGAUACAACCAGUGGCCACAAAAUCCUCCAAAGUUCAGAAUUCUUAUGGAAGAAUAUAUAAGUCUUUGCAAAGAUCUUGCAAAGAAAAUAAUGUGCGGAAUUGCUUUAGCAUUAGGUGGAUCACCAUAUGAAUUUGAAGGUGAUAGAGCCGGUGAUCCAUUUUGGUAUAUGCGUAUAAUCGGCUACCCUGGUUUAUCCGGUGAAAAUGACAUUGGAUGUGGAGCUCACACAGAUUAUGGUUUGUUGACAUUGUUGAACCAGGAUGAUGAUAUAAAUGCCCUCCAGGUAAGAAACCUUUCUGGCGAAUGGAUAUCCGCGCCUCCAGUUCCUGGGACAUUUGUGUGCAACAAUGGUGACAUGCUUAAGAUAUACUCCAACGGAUUGUAUGAGUCAACUGUGCAUCGUGUGAUAAACAACUCUUCAAAAUAUAGAGUCAGCGUAGUAUAUUUUUACGAGACAAACUUUGAUACCGUAGUAGAGCCGUUGGAUACAUAUAAAACAAGGACAAAAGGUGACAAGAAGUUUGAAAGAGCCGUCUACGGAGAGCAUCUAGUCAAGAAGGUCCUCACAAAUUUUGUGGAGGAGUGACUUUGUUUUUCUCUUUGUAGUGAAUAAUAAUAAUAAGCUAAGCAUCUUUCUUGCAUGUCCAAUAUUACUAAGAAUAAUAUAAAGUCAAAUUAGUCAAGCUUUUGUUAUCUA